AUGUCACUCGAAGAAACGACCAACCAGGCCAAGCAGCCGCAGCUUAACAAGCAGGAAACCAACCAGUCGACGGCCAGCGCUUUACCCUCAGAACCGCUGUCCGGCCACUUGAACCACUUAUCAGAUAAACAGUCAGAAGCUCUGGGUGCCUUUAAGAAAGAAUGCGUAGCACGCAACAUCUAUACACCGGCCGGGGAGGGCGUGAAAGCGAGCCAUGACGAUUCGACCUUGCUACGGUUCCUUCGAGCUCGCAGGUUCGAUGUUAACGGUGCCCUGGCCCAGUUUCAGGCGACGGAGGAAUGGCGAAAGGAGAACCAGAUCGAUGCGUUGUAUGAGAACUUCGACGUCGACUCGUACGAAGAAGCUCGCAAAGUGUAUCCCCAAUGGACGGGACGACGUGAUCGGAGAGGCAUACCCGUCUACGUCUAUACCAUCAAGCAUCUAAAUAGCAAGAACAUGACCGCAUACUCCUCGUCUGCGGCCAGCACUGCUACCUCUGCUACACAUACCUCUUCCAAGGUCCCCGCGCGUCUGCUCCGGCUCUUUGCGUUGUAUGAGAACAUGGUCCGGUUUGUCCUGCCACUGUGCUCCAACCUGGACCGGCCGAACCCAGAGACGCCUAUUGUUAAUACUACGAAUAUUGUCGAUAUAACCGGGGUAGGGUUAAAGCAGUUUUGGAACUUAAAGGGUCAUAUGCAGGACGCGAGUACCUUGGCCACGGCGCAUUAUCCAGAGACCCUGGACCGAAUAUUUAUUAUUGGCGCACCCGUCUUCUUCCCCACGGUCUGGGGCUGGAUAAAGCGCUGGUUCGACCCCGGCACGACGUCGAAGAUAUUCAUACUUACUGCUGCUGAGGUGCAGCCGACUCUCUCGUCAUUUAUAGAUGCUAAGAAUAUCCCUAAACGGUACGGAGGCGAGCUUGAAUGGGAUUGGGGCGACAUGCCGAACUUGGAUGAACCUGCCAGGGCCAUUGCAGGUUCGCUAGAGAAAGUCGGUCAGUACGCCGAUCUACCAGAGGACGGCGAGGCCGCAAAGGAUGCCGAGACGAGGAAAGCCAACUUCGUCAAGGGACCCGUCGUCGUCCACGAUGACAAGAUAGAUGUCUACGGCAGCGUCAAGGGAGAGAGCAGGAGGAAGAGCCUACCAUUACACUUGAGCCAGGACGAGAAAGGCGCUGAAAUCAUAGGACAGGAGCAGAGCGGAGAGUCGGAUUCUACGGUCCAACUGUCCAACGACCUGGAAAAGGUCGCCCUGUCCUGUAACGAUGAGAAUACUGCUCCAACCACAAACGUCGUGACUCCUGCGUGA